AUGAAGACAACAUCGAACAAAGACUUCGCUUACGCUAUGACCCCGUUGAAGUUCUUGUCAUGGCCCUUAGGUACCUGGCCACUUCAGGUGUUCAAUACAUUCUCGAUCAUUCGUGCCAUGUUUUCAACUUUUCUUGUGUUGCUAAUGCUAGCGAUACUACAAGUGGAAUUAUAUUUGGACAGAAGCAACGCGGAAAAUAAUCUAGAUGCUCUGGUAUUAAUCAAUGGAGGCAUUUUGGCAGUGGCAAAGGUAACGUGUUUUCGUGUACGGCCCAUAGGACUUAUCUCCAAUUUUACUUCAGCGGUUAAGGAUUACAACGAAUUAAACAGUGAAGAGAAUCGAGUGAUUGUGCGCCGACACGCUUACAUGGGUAGAGUAGCGUGCGCCAGUUUAAUAUUUUGCUCGUAUGUCGGCUCCACGCUUUUCAUGACUGUGCCUAUGCUUGCUGGGGAUGAAGAAGAAGUGAUUAAUGUAACGGAAGAAAGUGCAAUAAAAUAUCCUAUGCCAUCUGAAAAUACAUUAACACUUAUAAAUAUGCCGAAAAAUAUGUACUUCGUGAUUUUUAUUGUUGAAUAUUUAAUGUUGCUAUUUACGAGCACUGGAAAUCUAGGUAGUGAUUCAUUGUUUUUUGGUAUUGCGUUUCAUUUGUGCGGCCAAGUGGAGAUUUUGAGACUAGAAUAUAAUAAAUUGUCCAACGAGAACGAAAGAACAACGAAACAUAUUACUUUGUUAACCAGGAGGCACAUUUACUUGUUGAAACUAAGCGACAUGUUGAAUGAAACAAUUAGCUCUAUUUUGGUCAUACAAUUAUUUUCAAGUUGUGUGCUUAUAUGCACAACCGGAUUUGAAUUUAUUCUCGCUUUGAGCAUUGGAAAUGUCGUCAUGACAAUAAAAACAUUUAUAGUAAUGUGCGUGCUCUUAAUACAAUUAUUCGCAUAUAGUUACGUGGGUGAAUAUUUAAAAACUCAAACUGAAGAUCUUGGUAAUUCGGUGUAUUUCUGUACUUGGUACGAUAUGCCAAAAAAUGUGUCACAAAACAUUAUUUUUAUCAUUAUGAGAGCUCAACAUCCUGUUCUCUUGAUGGCUGGGAAAUUCUUUGUUGUCAACAUGGAAACGUAUAUGAGUAUUUUAAAAACUUCGAUGUCGUAUCUUUCAGUUCUCCGAGUGAUGAAAAGAGAGGAAAAGGAUACAUUGGAUUCAAGUGCAACUGAGUAUGAUCGAUUGACAAUUUCUUACAUCGUGACAAUUUCUAAAAAAAUGAAGACAACAUCGAACAAAGACUUCACUUACGCUAUGACUCUGUUGAAAUUCCUGUCAUGGCCCGUAGGAACUUGGCCUUUUCAACUGUACGAUACAUUUUCACUCACACGUACCAUAUUUUCAAUUUCACUUUUGUUGCUUAUGAUAGCAAUCGUGCAAGUGGAAUUAUAUUUGGACAGAAGCAACGCGGAAAAUAAUCUAGAUGCUCUUCUAAUUAUUAAUUGCGGCAUUUUGGCAGUGGCAAAAGUGAUGAGUUUUCGUGUACGUUCCACAGGACUUGUCUCCAAUUUUUCUUCUGCGGUUAAGGAUUACAACGAAUCAAACGAUGAAGAAAAUCGAGUGAUUAUGCGUCGGCACGCUUACAUGGGUAGAGUUGCAUGCGCCAGUUUAAUAUCUUGUUCGUAUGUAUGCUCCACGCUUUUCAUAACUGUGCCUAUGUUUGCUGGGGACGAAAUAGAAGUGAUUAAUGUAACGGAAGAAAGUAUAAAAUAUCCCAUUCCAUCUAAAAAUGCAUUGGCAAUUAUAAAUAUGCCGGAUAAUUUGUAUUUCGUGGUUUUCAUCGUAGAAUACAUGAUGCUACUAUUCACGAGUAUUGGGAAUCUAGGUAGCGAUUCAGUGUUUUUCGGUAUUGUUUUUCAUUUGUGCGGUCAAGUGGAGAUUUUGAAACGAGAAUAUAGUAAAUUAUUCUACAAAAACGAUAAAAUAACGGAACAUUUUAUUUUAUUAAUCAAAAGGCAUAUUUAUUUGUUAAAUCUGAGUAAGAUGCUGAAUGAGACAAUUAGUUCUAUUCUGGUCGUACAACUUUUUUCAAGCUGUAUUCUUAUAUGUACAACUGGAUUUCAAUUUAUUCUCGCUUUGAGCAUUGGAAAUAUUGUCUUGACGAUAAAAAUACUUAUAAUAAUGUGCGUACUCUUGAUACAACUAUUCGCAUAUAGUUACGUGGGUGAAUAUUUGAAGAAUCAAACUGAAAGCGUCGGUAAUUCGGUGUAUCUUUGCACUUGGUAUGAUAUGCCAAAAAAUAUAUCCAAAGAUAUUAUUUUUAUUAUUAUGAAAGCUCAACGUCCAGUUCUCUUGACAGCUGGAAAAAUCUUUGUUGUUAACAUGGAAACAUAUAUAAGUAUUUUAAAAACUUCGAUGUCGUAUCUUUCAGUUCUCCGAGUGAUGGUAAAUUCUUAA